CCUCCGCGGUUGCGCUCCCCCAAGUUCUCCUCACCAAUCGCUCAAUGUCCCUACUCGUCUGUCCGAUCCCAAACCAUCUCACAACCAGCGCGUUCAUCGCGUGAAUUCUCACAAACACCAUGCCAACAAGUAACAUUACGGCGGCGGAAGUUUUAUGAGUGGAUGAAUGGUCCUGGCAGAGCUUUGAAAGAGCCUCUGCCGGGGUCGACAAAUUACUUGGGAGCGUACGAUAAGUACGGGAACCUGGUGCGAGCGGGACCGGGAUGGCAACGAGGAGCAGCGAAGAAGGAAGGUCAGGAUGCAGAGGCACAACCAGAGGCCAAGGAAGAGAAGCCGGAGGCGGAGAAGAUGCUUGAGGGGCAAGAGUCGCUCGAUGAGCUGGAAGCAGCAAUACGUUCUGAGGGCGCUCAAGAAAAGGAUGCCAAACCAGGGAAAGAAGAAGAUGAUGGGAAGCUAGGGCCAGAAACAGCAGAAGACCUGCGGCCUUUUCCGCUCAAUCAGUAUUUUCGAAGUCAGCCUGUGCUCAGCGAAGACCUGCGAGAGGCCAUUUACAAUCGCGUUAAGAAGGACGGUGUAACAGUAUCGCUCGCCAGUGUUGAGUUCGGAGUCAGCAACGAGCGUGUCGGCGCCGUCGUGCGGCUCAAGCAGAUGGAGAAGGAAUGGGUUGCGCAGGGUAAAACUCUCGCCGUUCCCUACUCCAAGGCGGUCAUGGAAAUGCUUCCCACAACACCCUUCAUCGAUCCUUAUGAACCAAAGAACAAGGGCAAACGCCCUGUGACGCACGAACCUAUUAACGAUCUCAUCGUCCACCCAGCAACACGCCAACAACUCUUCGUUCCUGUGUCUGAAUCUCGUCGCUUCACUCGCGUUGACGCAGGUAAGGCGUUCGACAACAACCUCCUUCCCGCUGAUGCACGGAUCCCGCAUCCCGAACUCGUGCAGGCUGAGCGCGAACUGGCAUCCGGUCUCUCGUUCGAUGAGCGAAGCAAGCUAGCACAGGCGAGACUCCAAGAGGAGAAUGAGAAGAAGCGGAAAGAAGAGGAAGCGAGGCUGGCGGAGAUCCGAAGCCACAAGGUUGUCCCCAAGCGACGGUGGGACUUUGUGUUCAAGGAUGUCAGUGUCGAUGCUGCUGGGCGGGAUGGUAGAGAUCCGCGGGGUGUGGGCUGGAGGUACGGAUUCCCACACGAGGACCGUAAGAAGGGCACGGUCAAGAUCCCUACCAAGGUUGAGGCGUAGGAGAGGUGUACGAUUUAACGUCUGUGAUGAUAUGUGUAACAUAUUUAUGACCCUGGAAUAUGGGCUCGCGGUGGUCCACGAAGACUACUGCUUUUUUCGAACAAUAUAUCAAUUGUAAUCGACG